AUGGAACUCAUGCCCAGUCAUUACCUCAAGUGCAUGGUCUCCCUAUUCCUCCUUGCCCUUGCAGUUACAUGUGUAACCUCAGCUCGGGUCCUCGAUGAGGUGGCACAAGACAACCCUGACAUUGCACCUGGGGCUCCUGUUUCCACUGUCACCCCUGUGGCUGCUACUCCAUCUGCUGCAACUAGCAUCGUGGCUGGCGCAGCAGGCCCUGAUCACACACUGACAUUCUUCAUGCAUGACAUACUUGGUGGCUCAAAUCCUACAGCCACAGCAGUGACUGGUGUGGUAAACAAUCCUGCCGUCAACGGUCAAGUCGCCUUUGCCAAGCCUAAUGGUGCCAUCCUCCCUGUCAAUAACGGCGUUCCUGUCAAUAAUGCCAAUAGUGGCAUUAUUAACAACAACAACAUUCCCUUCCUUACUGGCCUCAGUGGAACCACGCCAAAUCUCCUCCAAAACAACGGAAACAAUGUCAAUGGAGGGGUUGGAUUCCCGGCUGUAAAUGGCGUGCAGCUCCCUUCUGGGCCGGCGCUCCAGAAGCUCAUGUUUGGGACCAUGACAGUGUUUGACGAUGAACUGACUGAAGGGCACGAGAUGGGGUCUGGCUUGGUUGGUAAGGCUCAGGGUUUCUACGUUUCCAGUUCAGUGGAUGGUACCAGCCAGACCAUGGCUUUCACCACCAUGUUUGCCAGUGGAGGUUAUGCUGAUGGUCUGAGUUUUUUCGGCAUCCACCGAACUGCUGUCUCAGAAUCCCACCUUGCAGUCAUGGGCGGCACUGGGAAGUAUGUGAACGCCAGGGGCCAUGCCAUUGUCAAGACCUUCCCAGCUGUGAACCAGCAUAACACUGAUGGGGUGGAGAGCGUGCUCGAGAUGACUGUUUACCUAACUUACUAGUGUGUUUGGAUUUCUGUGUGCUUGUUCCGUUUGUAUGAUGCUUGAAUGGUAAAAUCCUUUGUUCUUAUCUACAA